AUCUCUGCAACUAAACCAAGUUUACCAGAAAAGAAUCUGCUAAUCUUUUUGGUUCUAUUUAAAAUUCAAAAAUGCUUAAUCAUAACAUGCCUAGCAUUUUUUUUCCUCUAGCAGCUCUGUUUAUAUUCGUCCAGUGUCAUGCUUGGGGAGACCACGGUCACUAUGACUUUGUGGUGAAGGAAGCAAGCUACACAAGGCUGUGCGAAACAAAGAAGAUCCUCACCGUAAAUGGUCAAUUUCCGGGGCCAACUCUGUAUGCUCGCAAAGGCGAUACUCUUGUCAUCAAUGUUCAUAAUCAAGCAAAACACAAUAUUACUAUUCACUGGCAUGGAGUAAGGCAACCGAGAAAUCCAUGGUCCGACGGACCGGUGUAUAUCACACAAUGUCCGAUCCAGCCAGGAGCUACUUUCACACAGAGGGUGAUACUAACAGACGAAGAAGGUACCUUAUGGUGGCACGCUCAUAAUGACUGGACAAGAGCCACUGUGCAUGGCUCUAUUCAGAUUUAUCCCAGACAUGGCUCUAGCUACCCCUUCCCAGCCCCUCAUCAAGAUGUCCCCAUCAUCUUAGGACAAUGGUGGAAGAAAAAUGUAACAGAGGUGCUUGAGGAGUUUCUUGCGUCAGGGGCAAGUCCAAACACUUCUGAUGCUUUUCUUAUAAAUGGUCAGCCUGGUGAUCUGUAUAAUUGCUCAAAGCAGGAUACAUUCAAACUCAAUGUGGAGUAUGGAAGAACGUAUCUCCUUCGUAUAAUAAACGCGGUGAUGAACGAAAUCAUGUUUUUCGCCAUUGAUGGUCACAAUCUAACGGCCGUGGCAACAGAUGCUGCGUACUCCAAGCCAUUGACAAGGGAAUACAUGGUCAUCGCCCCGGGCCAGACCCUCGAUGUUCUGUUGCACGCAGACCAGAAGCCUGAUCAGUAUUAUAUGGCUGCAAGAGCAUACUCUUCGAGUCCUGUUAUUCCUUUUGAUAACACAACUACCACCGCAAUUUUACAAUAUAUUGAUAAUCAGAAUCCGCCAAGUGAACUGCCUAGGCUUCCGUAUUACAAUGACACGAACGCGGCUUUUAGUGUCCUCGGUGCACUCAAGGCCUUGGCUAGCGAAGAACAUCCUGUUUCCGUACCAAAUAAAAUCAGCACCAAAUUGUUCUUCACUGUUUCGAUCAAUGCACAGCCCUGUCCUAACACACGUUGUCAGGGGCCGAAUGGGACACAUUUGGCCGCGAGUGUCAACAACAUAAGUUUUGUGAAUCCGUCUGUUGACAUACUUGAGGCCUACUAUUAUCACAUAACCGGAGUUUAUAAGAACGGUUUUCCCAGCAUUUCGCCUCUGAUGUUUAAUUACACAGCGGAUUAUGUGCCUUUGAAUUUUAAUGCAGCAAAGAGAGGGACUAAAGUGAAUGUAAUACGCUAUAAUUCGACUGUGGAGCUGGUUUUUCAAGGCACAAAUCAGGUAGGAUCCUCCAUUGAUCAUCCAAUGCACUUACAUGGGUACAGCUUCUAUAUUGUGGGAUAUGGUUUCGGAAAUUUUGACAAGGAUAAGGACCCUUUGAACUAUAAUCUCGUUGAUCCGCCUUUGCGGAACACGGUUGUUGUCCCCAGGAAUGGAUGGGCUGCGGUGAGGUUCAAAGCGGACAAUCCUGGAGUAUGGUUUAUGCAUUGUCAUUUAGAGCGUCACCUGUCAUGGGGAAUGAACAUGGUGUUUAUAGUGAGAAAUGGAAAUCAUCCGAAGAGCCGAAUCUUACCCCGGCCAGCAGACAUGCCACCGUGCUGAAAUAUCGACAAUUAAUUUUAUAUUAUUUAAAUAAAUUAAAUCUGUGGGUUUGCUUAGUUUGUCAUUCUUUGUUUUUCAGGAUUCUGGUAUUGUAAUAUGAUUGAUAUAUUGUGUGUAGCCAAAACAGUAUUGUACUAUUGUUAUACUUCAAGUUGUUGCUAGUUGUUAUAUAUUAUAGUAAUUAUUGGUUUAUUUA